UAACCCAUCAAUCUUUGCUCCUGCUCUCCCAUUCCUUUUGUGUUCAGUGUGCCUCACGUGCCGGAGCCUGGAGGACUGGGGGCUGGCUCCGGAGGGGGGAGGCACCCACUCCCUUCUGUGCUGAGGCUUGUCGGCAUGGCCCAGCAGAGAGCAAUCCGGCUGUCCCUGCAGAAGCCCACCCACGCCGUCUGCGUGGUGGGUACUGACGCCUCACUAGAUGUCUACGGUUCAGUCCCUCCAGGGGCUGUGACUUUUAAGGUCACUAGAAGCUCAACAGUGCAGACCUACCUGGAGUAUGACCCUAAGAAUGUGCGCAGGCCCCCAACCGACGAACGUUGGCCUUUGGACGCUGAUGUGGACGUGAUCAUCUCCAUGGAGGCCGCCAGUAAGAGUGUUGAUGAUGCCAAGGUGCUGGUUUCUUACUAUGGAAAGAAUGAGAGCAAUGCUCUAGGCCAGGCCCUGCUCUAUCUGACCGGCAUUGAACUGUCUUUGGAUGUUGACACGGGUCGUACUGGGACAAUAAAGAGAAGCAAAGUGAACAAGAAAACAUGGAGCUGGGGCCCAGGAGGCCAUGGAGCAAUUCUUUUGGUGAAUUGUGACAGAGAUAGUCCGGUCCCUGGGGGCGUCGACUACUCUCACAGCCACUUGUAUUCACUGGCAGACCUGCAAGACAUGUCUAAGAUGCUGCUCUGGACCAAUGGCCCUGAUGAGGUCUUCCACAACCACAAACUUGUCCUGCAUGUGUCACUCAGUGACUCAGACAAAGCGCGUGUAUUCCGUGCUCAAGGUGGGAAUCAAAUUUCCAACUACAAGAGGGUCCUCGGACCUGACAAAUUGUCAUACAAGGUGGAUCGGGACCCUGGGGAGCAGGAAAUCACCUUCUAUGUGGAGGGCCUUGCCUUCCCUGAUGCUGAUUUCCUGGGACUGAUCUCCUUCGACCUCACUCUGAUGGACACAGAUGAAAUGCUGCUUGAAACCCCAAUUUUCACAGACACGGUAGUGUUCCGAGUGGCACCUUGGAUCAUGACCCCCAACACCCAACCGCCUCUGGAUGUUUAUGUGUGCAGUAUUAAUGAGCAAGAAACGUCUCAGGCUGAAUUUCUGGAUGCUAUGACCUACCUGGCAUUGAGGGCUAAUUGUCAUCUGACCAUCUGUCCACCGGUGGAUAACCGAAAUGACCGCUGGAUCCAGGAUGAAAUGGAAUUUGGUUACAUAGAAGCACCUCACAAAUCCUUUCCAGUUGUCUUUGAUUCUCCUCGAAACAGGGGGCUGAAGAAUUUUCCUUUUAAAAAGAUCCUGGGCCCUGACUUUGGUUAUGUGACGCGAGAGCCUAUAUAUGGUGGUGCCUCCAGCCUUGACUCCUUUGGAAACCUAGAUGUUAGCCCACCUGUCACUGUCCAGGGAAAGGAGUACCCACUGGGCAGAAUCCUCAUUGGCAGCAGCUUCCCCAAGUCAGGUGGCCGCCGGAUGGCCAAGGUCGUCAAGAACUUCCUGUAUGCCCAGAAGGUGCAGGACCCAGUGGAGCUCUAUUCUGACUGGUUAAAUGUGGGCCAUGUGGAUGAGUUCCUCAGCUUUGUUCCUGCCCCUGGACAGAAGGGUUUCAGGCUGCUCCUGGCCAGUCCCGAUGCUUGCUUCAAACUCUUUCAGGAGAAGAAGGAUGAAGGCCAUGGGACUGCCGUCCAAUUUGAAGGAUUGAAAAAGGGAAAGAAAGAAAUAACCAUUGAUGAAAUGCUGAAUGACAAAAGCCUUAGGAGUGACAAUCGCUAUGCCCAGAAAUGCAUUGACUGGAACCGUGAGGUCCUGAAACGGGAGCUGGGCCUGUCAGAGCGCGACAUCAUCGACAUCCCCCAACUCUUCAAGCUCAGCGACUCCUAUGCAGAGGCCUUCUUUCCUGACAUGGUCAACAUGAUUGUCCUGGGGAAGUUCUUGGGGAUUCCCAAGCCCUUUGGACCCAUCAUUAAUGGGCGCUGCUGUCUAGAGGAGAAGGUUGAGGACUUGCUGCAUCCUCUGGGACUCAAGUGCACCUUCAUCGAUGAUUACCUCUCCUACCACGUGUUAAUGGGCGAGAUCCAUUGUGGCACCAAUGUCCAACGGAAGCCCUUCUCUUUUAAGUGGUGGAACAUGAUUCCCUGAGCUGGCUCCCCUCCCACCGUCUUCUCCUUCCCCUCUUCCUCACAGGAGCAUCAGCAUGGGGAAGGGGAUUGCCCACCUGUCUUGGAAAGAGGCCACCAACAGCAUCUACAGCAUGGGUGUCAGUCACCAGGCCCUAAGCAUCACUCUAGGAUAUCAUCGGGAUUCUUCACUUUCUUCCUAGUGAAGGAUGUCCCUACCUGGCCCAUUCAAUCUUCAAUGAAGAUGACCCCUCAGUUCUUCUUUUUGCUUUUCUCUCCAAAUCCAAUUGGUCCUUCUCAAAGAAAACUUAACAAUCCUUGUGCUCUAUCCCAGACCUAAAGGGACAAACUAGCCUAUUGUGUGUGCAUGUGUGUGUGUGCGUGUGUGUGUGUGUGUGUGUGUGCGUGAGCCAUGCUGGAUGGGAUCAGCUGGUGUAUUUUGAUUUUUCCAGUUCCAGGACUCACGAGGGAGCAUGGAAUCUUAGAGCUAGAUAAGAUUCAGUUGUUCUCAUUUUACAGAAGAGAAGAACUGAAGCCCAGAAUGGGGAAGUGGCUUCCCAAGGUCACACCUCAAGUUAACGGUGGGAGCCACAGAGAGCAGAACCCAAGACUCCCAGAGCUGGAGAAGACCUGAGAAUCCAGAAUGAAUGAAUAAGGAUUUCCUCUACAACACCCCACAGUGGUCAUCUACGGAGGCUUCUACUUGAGUUCAUCCACUGAGGGGGAGCCCACUACCUCCUGAGGCCAGCCCACAUCUCUCUGGGACAGCUCAUAUUCUUAGGAAGCUUUUCCCCAGCAUUGGCAGUAAAUUAUCCUUACCCCUUGCUCUUCUGCAGCACAGGUCUCUUAUCUUCCAGGUUGUGGGACUAGCCUUAGCUAGAACCCCGCAGAACUUAGUGGUGUGGGUCCAGUACUGGCCAGCCUGCUGCCUCUUCCCGCGGUAGACCCCUUCCCAAAGCAGCUCCUUAUGGAUGUCUCAGGUUCUCUCUUUUUGCUGCCUCAGGGCACACUGGUUCUCACUUUACCUUUAGCCCAUCGGAUGAAUGAAGGGAAAGGUCCUACAAAAAACAAUAACAAAAAAUACCCCUUUAAUAGCUAACUCUGUUCCCAUGCAGUGAUCGCUACUUAUUGGGGGGAAACCUGUAAUUAUGAACACAGCCUGUUUCUGGCCCCAAAGUGCUGAGUCCCUCGCAGCUGGUCUGCAGGAUAAAGCCCAAGUCAAGUGUGGGGCUAGGGAACCCUGGGAAGGGAUGACCAGGGCUAGGCUGAAGCUUCGUGUGUCCGGCUUGAAUCAUUUCACUGUCUUCCCACCUCCCACCCCCCACACUUGCCUGUGGGGGCUCCUGCUGCUGCUUUGGAAUACAGAUUGAAGACCAAGGACUUAGCAAGUCCCAGGAAUUCCUGAUCAGGCUGCUUUGAGCCUUGGGGCUGCUAUGACUAUUAACUGAGUUGUCUUGGCAUGGAUUUCAGAAAGAAAAGUGAUGACAAGAAGUCAGCUCCAUUUCUCUUUCCAAAGAGAAACUCUAGGUGGUGGUGAGGAGAUUAUCUUCCCCAUCUCACAAAUGAGGGAAUUAAGGCUCAACCUGAGGAAGUGACUUGUUCAGGGUCAUACAAACAAGAUGGAGCCUAGAUUCGCACCCACGUUUCCUGACUCCAAAGCCGGUUCUCUUCCCACUAAAUGGGAUCCUUCCAGAGAUGGAGGGAGGGAGACUCCAGAUAUUCAGAAAGGGGGGAAACACAUCGAGUUAUCUGAGAAGGUGGGGCUUAAUUCCUUCUAAUUGUCCUUAAUUAUUCCUCUUCUUUCUGUAGGCAGUGGGAGGGGGAAUGAUCUUUCUUGAUCUCUGCUCAUGAGGGCCAGGACCCUGCAUGUAGUUCUGGUUUGAGGCUCGAUGGCCCUGGGGAAGUAAACCUGGUAUUGAUCCCAGAGCAAGAGAGAGGUCACUGGGUCAUAGCAUCUUAGAAUGGUAGGUCUAGAGUUAUAAAAGCUUGAGAGGUCAGCUAGCCCAACUUUUUACAAAUGAGUAAACUGAGGCCCACUGAGGUCAUACAACUUGCCCAAGGUCACACAAGUGGGAUUUGAACACAGGUCUUCUUACUUUUAUAGAUUUUAAUUUGGUUGAUAUGGAAAGAUCAGGCUAAAUCUAACUAGGCCUGGGAGGAUGGUAGAGGACGGAAGCACUGAGGGACACUGCCUCUCUGCUCUGAAAGGUGACUCUCCCAGAAGAAGCCCACUCUAGAUUAGCUUCAGAUGCCUCCUACUCUCAUUAUCCCCUUGUUCUCAUACUUCUGUUACUUCUGGGAGCCCAGGGACACAGAGUAUCCGAGCUGGGAGGGGCCUUAGAACAUAGAAUGUCAGAACUAGAAGAGCCCUUAGAACAUGGAAUGUCAGAGCUGAGAGGGAUUUUAGAAUCUAGAAUGUCAGAGCUAGGAGGACUUUUAGAACACAGAAUAUCAGAGCUGGAGGACUCUUAGAAGUCACCUAUAUCCUUUCCCAUCUUCCCCAAUCACAUUUUAUGGGUGUAGAACACUGAAGUCUAAAGAUAAGAAAUCCAUAGGUUCUCAGAUCUAGAAGUGGAAGCCAGGUUGCUCUCCCCUAACCUUUGCCCUUCUAUUCCAACCUCCUCAUUUUACAGAUAUAGAAACUGAGGCUCAGGUUAAGUGGCUUGCUCAAGAUGAUGCAGGAUGUUAAGUGAGAGGCAGGGGAAGAACCCUUGGCCCUGGGCUCCAAAGCCGGGCUUCUUUUCUGUGGUAUCAUCUUUACCCUAUGUCCUGCAAAGAGUUCUUGGCAGUGCUGAGACUAGAAUCCCAAUCUUCUGGUGCAGGCCACUUUCCAUUGUCCUGCCGGUGGUGCCUCUGAGGAUGCUGAUAGGCCAGGGGGCAGUUUGGAAAUGAACAAGCGGGGUGGUGCAGUGAAUAUUCCUUAUUCCCACUUAUCCCCAGCCCCAUGAUUCCCCAACCCAGCUGUCGGUUAGAAAAGAGUCCCAGUGGAGCCAGAAGACAAAAGAAAGCAUCAUGGAUCUGAAGGUGUGGGGAAAGGGGGGGAUUAGAACAGUUGGGAUAUUCCCUCAGGGGCCUCUGUCAGAGAGAGUUCUCUAGUUCCAUGCCAGGACUCGGAGGGCUGUGUAAUGAUUCAUGUGAGAGAAGGAGGAGGAGGUGGGAAGGGGAAGCCACUUGCCCUCAGGGCCGCUCACUCCCUAGUGCACAGACCUGGGGCUGUCCCCCAGCGAUCCCCUCUUGGUGGGGAUCCUCAGGAAGUCUGCUCUGAGAACGUUGCGGGAUGAUGGUCAAUGAGGAGCCCACCACCUCUGGGGUGUUCAAUAAAAGCAUAA